ACCUCUCAGGUGGUGUAGAUACCACCACGGCACAUCGGCUUGAGAAGAAAAAGAAACACACGAAUAAGAAGAGUUUCUGGAGACUAUUCAAUUGCUUCAGAAGAAAAACACCUUCUGAUAAUAAUCCUCAGGAUCAUCAGAGAAGCUCACUUCAAACUGAAACUGAGACCCAACAACAAAGGAGCCACACUAAAGAGGACAUUGCAACGGUAGCGCACAACCAGGAACUCCCCACAAACAACAAUAGAAUCCAGGUCAAACCCACUAAUUGUGAACGUAGUUCAAAACAUCAGGAGGCAAUGUUUCUCGGAUUUCCAAACCCUGGCUUGAUCUGCUACAUGAACGCCAGCCUGCAGAGCUUGCUCACGCUCACGGAGUUUGUGGAGGACAUCAGAUCCCAGGAGGAUGUGCUGGCACUGUGUCCCGAGGCUCAGCUCAUAAGGUGUUUUCUGAACAUUGUGAAAUGUCGCAGUUCAGCUGAUUCCAGACUCAAACUUGAGGCAGUCAUGAAGUUCAAGAGGGUUCUCUCUCUCCAGGCAGUUGAAUUUGGGUGUGGCGGCAUGAAAGACGCCCAUGAGUUCCUAACAGCAGUGUUGGAUCAAAUCAGGAACCUGGUGCUUCCCCUAUCAAAGACGGCGGCCUGUAUGGGGAGAAGCUACAGCUGCCCAGUCCAGAGACAUCUACUGUUCAAAAUGCAGAAUACUAGGAUAUGCAAAGGCUGUGGUGUUCGGUCUAUAAGAGAGGAGGAAUUCACCACGCUCUCUCUGGAUGUGAUUCCCGGAGGCUCAGUCCAGGAUAUGAUCCACAUGCAACAUAUGGAAAGAGAGCUGGAGUUCAGGUGUCAGUGCGGGGGAAACUCAUCGGGCCUGGAGUCCAGACUUCUCACUCUCCCCAAGUAUUUGAUUUUGCACCUAAAGAGGUUCAAGUUUACGAAGAACCGUGUGAUGAUCAAGCUGGUGGACCCCAUCGUCCUCAGUAGGGAGAUGCUGGUGACUGCUCACCAGGGUGACCAAUCGUACGGCCUGAUCAGUGUCAUCAGCCAUGUGGGUUCUUCAGCUAGGAAAGGACACUACGUGAGUGACGGACUACACCCGGACUGUCGCAUGGAGGACGGAGCGGAUCGAUGGCUCCACUUUAAUGACAUCUAUGUGUUGGAGACAAGUGGUGAAAUGGUUUCUAAGUGGAAUUCAGAGGAGUCAUAUGUCCUCAUCUACCAGAGGAGGGUAAGACUACACUCACUCUGAUGACAGCUAGUUAAUUUCACUCAACUGUAAGUCAUGAACAUCUUUUGUCUGUUUUCAGGCGUAGCUCACCUUGGUUUGAGGACACCCAGUCCUGAGGAGGAGGGGUAGACUCCAGAGAGCCGGGUUCCUCCUGAGGUUUCUUCCUAAAGGGGAAAGCUUUCCUUACCAAUGUUUGCAUGGUCACAGCUGCUUUGGUACACGUUGUCAUGAAUAAAUUAUUAACCC